UCUCUAAGCCUCCGCUGGAAGGUCCUCGCCAGUCUGACACGACCAGCGCUGCGGACUGAUUGUGGACUCGGGAUCGUGUUCUGGUUCAGACUGCACUGAAUUAUGAACCCCGCAGCAGGGUCUCAGUUCUGAUUGGUAGUUAAACCUGAAGCGGUCAGCCACGAUUUCACUCUUCGUCCACAAAGUCUCGGCCCACAAUUCUGUUAAAUUACAGAACGCCGCUGCUGCCGGGGUUUCAGACUCCCCGGUUUGCCCCUCGUGGCUUUUUCCUGUUGACGCGAGCAGAAAUCUGCUUCCUGUUUGUUCUGAGCGCUGCUGGGAGGCAGCAUCGCUGUCGCCCGUAAGAAAAGGAUCCACGAUUAAAGGCUGCUCUGUGAUUGGCCUUCCCCCUGAGUCACUUAGAGAAGAGAGCCAUGUAGACCAGGGGCCCCGGACUUUCCCGCAGAGGGGCCAAAUGUAGGUUUCCCAGCAGCCUCUGGGGCAGCAGCAGCAGAACUGAAUCAAAAUGUCCGACGAGGAGGAUGUGGCUCCGGCCGUGAAGAGGAGCCGUGUGUUCUACGGCAGCCUGGAGGAAAAAGAGCGCGAGCGUCUGAAAUCGGAGGCGGCGAGCAGCGCAUCAACAGGAAGUGAUGCGGUGAAGGCGGGCAUCGAGGCGGGGAACAUCAACAUCUCGUCAGGAGAGACUCUGGAGCUGGAGGAGCGCGUCAGCGAGCGGCAGCAGGAAGCCCUCGCCGCGUUCGAGCGGAGGCGGCGAGCGCGGCAGAUCACCGUCUCCACCGACGACGCCGAGGUGAAGGCCGGCCUCCGGGCGCUCGGAGAGCCAAUCACGUUGUUCGGAGAGGGACCGGCUGACCGCCGGGAGAGGCUGCGCAGCGUUCUGUCUGUGGUCGGUCCGGAUGCUCUUAAGAAGUCCAGGAGAGACGAGGAGAGAGCCAAGAGGACCCAGGACGAGGGCAAUGAGGCGUCUGGAGGCUGCACGUGCUCAGAGGGAUGUUGCAGAGGGAACCAGGACGAUACGGCAACAGGAGCUCCACAAGAGCCUGAGGAAUCUCAACAACUUCUGCAGUCAGAUCGGUGACGACCGACCAAUCAGCUUCUGCCACUUCAGCCCCGACUCCAAAAUGCUGGCCACCGGCUCCUGGAGUGGUCUUUGUAAACUGUGGUCCAUCCCCGACUGCAGCCUGAUUCGCACACUCAGAGGACACAACACGAAUGUGGGCGCGGUCGUGUUCCGCCCGCAGGCCGGAAUCUCUCUCGACCAAUCAGACGUUAGCUUGGCCUCCUGUGCUGCUGACGGGUCUGUGAAGCUGUGGAACCUAGAGAGUGACGAGCCAGUGGCGGACAUCGAGGGUCACAGUCAGCGAGUUUCUCGAGUGUCCUGGCAUCCUUCAGGGAGGUUCCUGGGAACCACCAGUUAUGAUAACUCAUGGCGUCUGUGGGAUCUGGAGGUUCAGGAGGAAAUCCUCCAUCAGGAGGGUCACAGCAAAGGAGUCCACGACAUCCACUUCCAUCCUGACGGCUCGCUGGCUGCCACCGGAGGGCUGGAUGCGUUCGGCAGGGUGUGGGACCUUCGGACAGGACGCUGUGUUGUUUUCCUGGAGGGACACCUGAAGGAGAUCUACAGCCUGCACUUCUCGCCCAACGGGUAUCACCUGGCGACAGGAAGUGGUGAUCACACCUGUAAGGUGUGGGAGCUGAGGAACAGGAAGUGUCUGUACACAGUCCCCGCCCACCAGAACCUGCUGUCAGCUGUCCGCUUCCAGCCCACAGACGGUCACUUCCUGUUGACCGGAGCGUACGACAACACGGCGAAGGUUUGGAGUCACCCGGGCUGGACGCCGAUGAAGACGCUCGCCGGACACGAGGGGAAGGUGAUGUCCGUCGACGUGUCACCUGACGGGAAACUGAUCGCCACCAGCUCCUAUGACCGAACCUUCAAACUCUGGCUGUCUGAGUGAUGUCAUGAUGAUGUCAGGCGUGAUGUCACAGCAGAACGCGCCUUUUAUUAUUGUUAAAAAGUUUUUUCUUUUCUGAAAAAUGCAAAAAACAAAUCAAAUGUUUCUGUUUUCUGAUGAAAUAAAAGUUUACAUGUGGUCUCUGA